UGUAGACGUGGAAAGGAUAGACGUUGAUAUAUGUCCAAACGAUGAAGACCAAGAAACUGCAAUCGAAGUGCCGGAUGUCUGCACCAACACUAGCAGCGAACCGAUAUCUAGUUCAGACUACAUGAAAGUAGAUUUGCAUCCAGACUUCAUAGAAGACGGGUCCCCAGUUUGGAUGGUGUUCAACGGAGGCAAGAAAAUAACGUCCAAAAUACGGGCAGACGCCGGUAUUGUCGUGGGGUGCGACACCUACGCAGGUCUCGACUUCUCUGGAAAUGUUGUUGUCAGGAAUAAACAUGAUAAUGACUUUAUAGGAUUUGUAUUCGGCUAUCGCAGCAACAGCCAAUUUUACUUAGUGUCGUGGAAAGCGAAAUCAGACAAGUACUGGAUAGGCUGGCCUUCCGUGGUGAAAGCCGACGCUGGUAUCCACAUAAAGCUUGUCAACUCGUCGACGGGACCCGGCGCCUAUCUGAGGAACGCGCUUUACAGCACGAAGUCGGUUAAAGAUCAGGUGAAACUCCUUUGGCAAGACCCCAAGAAACAAGGCUGGAAGCACUUGCUAAUAUAUUCCUGGCAGCUCAUUCAUCGGCCGCAUAUCGGCCUUAUCCGUAUAAAGGUGUUCAGUCUCGGCAAGCUUUUAGUGGACUCUGGAAACGUCUAUGAUAAAACUAUUAAAGGAGGCAGGGUUGGAGUAUAUGCGUUUUCUCAGGAAAAUAUCGAGUGGCACAAAAUGAAAUUCGAAUGCAAUGAUAAAAUUCCGAGUAACCUGAUAUCAGAACUUCCUCCAGACUUACAAAAGAUAUCGGUCGUAGAUAGCGCUCAUACAUGGAAUAACAAAAGCGGGCUAUAAU